UCAUCUUUGUCAGGGCAAGAGUAAACAGAAUAAUAAUAUUAAAAAAUCCGCCCAAUAUCAUUUUACGCAUCCUUCGAUUCUCCUCACUCAAGUUAAUGUGAAACGAGUUGAUGGGAAGUUGUUUUCAAAAUGAACGAAUCACAGAUCGACCGAGUAUUUCACACUUUACAAAAUUAUUGUCGCAGUUUGCAAUUGGAGGGAAAUGCCUCUCUGGGCGAUGGUUACUGUGAGGCCGUGUUUGACGGCUAUUUUUGCUGGCCUUUCACCAGGGCUGGCCAAUUAGCCGUCCAACCGUGUUCAAAUGAUCUGCUGAAGUCCAUCAAAACGGGAAUUGCUUCCAGGAAAUGCACUGAGAACGGAACCUGGUUUGUCCCAUCAAAUCACUCAGAGCCAUGGUCGAAUUUAACAGAAUGUGGGCCAUUCUUUAUCGAAACAAAUUCAACGGAAGCCCCACCAAUACUGCAUCAUUUCUAUUCUCAAUGGCUACCCGUCUUGAAAAAUAUUUCAUACUUUGGAUACGCUAUAUCUAUUGUGACUCUGAUCACUGCACUUUGCAUUCUCGUUAGCAUACAAAGAUUGCAUUGCCCACGGAAUAAACUCCAUAUCAAUUUGUUCGUGUCAUUCAUAAUGAGAUGCUUUAUGUCUAUAUUAAAAGAUGGGCUGUUUGUAAGUGGUACAGCUUUGGUGUAUGAAACCGAAUACAUAAACGGUGAACCAAAGUUCAUAAAAGAUGUAAAUUACUCAUGGGUGUGCAAGGCCAUAAUAAGCAUUCGUUGGUAUUUCAUUUUAUCAAACUUUAUGCUCAUGUUGAUGGAAGGGAUGUACCUGCACAGUUUGAUGUUUUUCAAUUUGUUUUCGGAUAACCACAGUAUAAGAAUAUAUUGCUUGCUGGGUUGGGGUUUGCCUUUCUUUUUUAUCAUACCAUGGAUUGUGCUGAGGACUAUGUAUGAAGACGUUCUGUGCUGGACGCAGAAGGAAAAUAUUUAUAUAUCAUUAUUUAUUGAUUUACCUAUAGGUAUUACUGUUGUGAUAAAUUUUUUACUAUUUUUAAUUAUGGUACUAGUAUUAAUUCUAAAGCUCAACAAUGCAUGUAUUCAACAAAGACGAUUCAAAUACAGGAAACUGCUAAAAGCAACGCUGAUUCUGAUUCCAGUGUUUGGAGUCCCAUAUUCAUUUUCACUGCUAAUGUCACUCUACAUUAAAAAAAGCCACAUCCUGGAGGUGAUCUGGCUUUUCCUCGACCAAACGUUCACCGCUUUUCAGGGGCUGUUCGCUGCCUUGGUUUAUUGCCUUUUGAACACCGAAGUACAGAUAGAGCUGAAGAGGAAAUACAGCUCGAUAAAGGACAGGACGGACAAGGAAUUUCGGAGAAGUAGGACUAUUUCCCACACGCAACAGUUCAUUAUGCAAGCCAAGGACGAUCCGCCGGAAAAUUAUCAGGAAGUGGAGAACGAUAAACAGAAUCCCGAAGAGAUCAUUAUAACCAAAGGGGAUCAUAGCUGCUCUUAAGACACGCUUCGUAAUUGGUCUAUUAAAUGUUUAAUGUUACAAAUAAAUGGCUAUUAUGUAAAUAUA